CUCCGGAAAAACGAAGAAACGCUAUCCCAUUUUGGCGAAACAAUGGGAAAAGAUACUUCAGCCAAGACCCUAACGACCCUUACGAUGAUGCAAGUGGGAUGAAAUUGAGAAGUAGAGUUCCUCAAAAUGGUGACAAUAAGCGGAGAACGAGUCGUAGUCGAAGCCGGAACAAGAAAGAAGGGGGUUUGCUUCGAAUUGGGGACAAUUACGGGCUGCCAGAUUCUUGCAUCUUGCACGAACAUCCCUGACUCAUACCCCACUAUCUAAGAAACGAGUCAGGAAUGUUCUGACAAUGCAAGGUCUGAACCUCCUUCUAAGACAAGGAUUCAUCGGGAUCAUCUUUCCGGAGAAACUACAAGAUGUUCCAUCCUUUCGCCGGUGAUUUGUUUGAUGUGAAACCAAAAGGUGGAAGCUACACCACCAGUACGGGAACAACGAAG